AAGAAGUAGAUGUGAGAGGGUGGUGCUGGAGGGUGGGAGGGUAGGAGCGCGAGGCCUGGGCCGGAAGCUAGGUGAGUCCGGCAUCCGAGCCGAGGCGGACCUUAGGCUAAACCGCCGCUGCUACCCAGCCUGAGUAUCUAGUCUCCAACCCUGAUGGGAUUCGCUUCCAAACCGUCUAGAGCCUGCAGCGACCCAGUCUCUGGCCCAGGUUCACUGCAGCUGUCCAGAGGUCCCCGGGAGCAGCUGCUGGAGAGCCCGUUUCUGCAGGAACCUAUGGAGCCAUUCCGUAGUGCCAUUCCGAGCAACGCACCGCCGCAGCUUCUCUGAGCCUUUCCAGCAAGUCUGUUCAAGAUUGGCUCCCAAGAAUCAUGGACUGUUAUUAUAUGCCUUGUUUUCUGUCAAGACACCAUGAUUCCUGGUAACCGAAUGCUGAUGGUUGCUUUAUUAUGCCAAGUCCUGCUAGGAGGCGCGAGCCAUGCUAGUUUGAUACCUGAGACCGGGAAGAAAAAAGUCGCCGAGAUUCAGGGCCACGCGGGAGGACGCCGCUCAGGGCAGAGCCAUGAGCUCCUGCGGGACUUCGAGGCGACGCUUCUGCAGAUGUUCGGGCUGCGCCGCCGCCCGCAGCCCAGCAAGAGCGCCGUCAUCCCGGAUUACAUGAGGGAUCUCUACCGGCUCCAGUCUGGGGAGGAGGAGGAGGAAGAGCAGAGCCAGGGAGCGCGGCUGGAGUACCCCGAGCGUCCGGCCAGCCGGGCCAACACUGUGAGGAGUUUCCAUCACGAAGAACAUCUGGAGAACAUCCCAGGGACCAGUGAGAACUCUGCUUUUCGUUUCCUCUUCAACCUCAGCAGCAUCCCAGAGAAUGAAGUGGUCUCCUCUGCAGAGCUCCGGCUGUUUCGGGAGCAGGUGGACCAGGGCCCUGACUGGGAACGGGGCUUCCACCGAAUAAACAUUUAUGAAGUUAUGAAGCCCCCAGCAGAGAUGGUGCCUGGACACCUCAUCACACGACUACUGGACACCAGACUAGUCCACCACAAUGUGACACGGUGGGAAACUUUUGAUGUGAGCCCUGCGGUCCUUCGCUGGACCCAGGAAAAGCAGCCCAACUAUGGGCUGGCCAUUGAGGUGACUCACCUCCACCAGACACGGACCCACCAGGGCCAGCAUGUCAGGAUUAGCCGAUCGUUACCUCAACAGAGUGGAGAUUGGGCCCAGCUUCGGCCCCUCCUGGUCACUUUUGGCCAUGAUGGCCGGGGCCAUACCUUGACCCGACGCCGGAGGGCCAAGCGCAGUCCCAAGCAUCACCCUCAGCGGUCCAGGAAGAAGAGUAAGAACUGCCGCCGCCAUUCCCUCUAUGUGGACUUCAGUGACGUGGGCUGGAAUGACUGGAUCGUGGCCCCGCCAGGCUACCAGGCCUUCUACUGCCAUGGGGACUGUCCUUUUCCACUGGCAGACCACCUCAACUCAACCAACCACGCCAUUGUGCAGACCCUGGUCAACUCUGUCAAUUCCAGCAUCCCUAAGGCCUGUUGUGUCCCCACUGAACUGAGUGCCAUUUCCAUGCUGUAUCUGGAUGAGUAUGACAAGGUGGUGUUGAAAAAUUAUCAGGAGAUGGUGGUGGAGGGGUGUGGAUGCCGCUGAGAUCAGGCAGUCUUGAGGGGACACACACACACACACACACACACGCACACACACACACGUGCACACACACUCACACACACUCACACUCACACACACACGUUCUCAUCCGACCACCCACACACACCACACAGACUGCUUCCUUAUAGCUGGACUUUUAUCUUAAAAACAAAAAAGAAAGAAAGAAAGAAAAAAAAAACCUAAACAUUCACCUUGACCUUAUUUAUGACUUUACGUGCAAAUGUUUGACCAUAUUGAUCAUAUAUUUUGACAAAAUAUAUUUAUAACUACAUAUUAAAAGAAAAUAAAAUGAGUCAUUAUUUUAAAGAUAAA